UUCGGUGCACUUCUACUUGUACAUUAGUGUCUGUAUUUCAGCACUUCAGCUUAUCCAGCGAUUUACCACCAGGUCCUUCACCAUGUCCAUUGUCAAGAUCCACGCCCGAGAGAUCUUUGAUUCUCGUGGAAACCCCACCGUAGAGGUUGACCUUUACACCGACAAAGGCUUGUUCAGGGCAGCUGUACCAAGCGGUGCAUCUACUGGAAUCUAUGAAGCCUUGGAGCUCAGGGACAAGGACAAGUCUCGCUACCUUGGGAAAGGAGUCUUGCAGGCUGUAGAAAACAUAAAUUCAGUUAUUGCACCUGCACUUGUUGGCCAAGAUGUGUCUGUGGUUGAGCAAGAGAGAAUUGACCAGAUGAUGAUUGACCUGGAUGGCACAGAGAACAAAUCCAAAUUGGGAGCAAAUGCCAUCCUGGGUGUGUCCUUGGCUGUUUGCAAAGCUGGUGCAGCAGAGAAAGGUGUCCCCCUGUAUCAACAUAUUGCUGACCUUGCAGGAAACCCUGAGGUCAUCUUGCCCGUGCCGGCCUUCAAUGUGAUCAACGGCGGCUCUCAUGCAGGAAACAAGCUUGCCAUGCAGGAGUUCAUGAUACUGCCUGCUGGCGCGAGCAGCUUCAAGGAGGCCAUGCGCAUCGGAGCCGAGGUCUACCACAAUCUCAAAAAUGUCAUUAAGAAGAAAUAUGGUCAGGAUGCCACCAAUGUGGGCGAUGAAGGAGGCUUUGCUCCAAACAUCCUGGAGAACAAGGAAGCUCUGGAGCUGAUAAAGGAGGCCAUCGCCAAAGCAGGAUACACAGAUGAGGUUGUGAUCGGCAUGGACGUGGCAGCGUCUGAAUUCUACAGGGAGGGAAAGUACGACUUGGACUUCAAGUCUCCUGACAACCCAAGCCCAUGCAUCACUCCUGACGAGCUGGCUGAUCUCUACAAGAGCUUUGUGAAGGAUUAUCCAGUGGUUUCCAUCGAGGAUCCCUUUGACCAGGAUGACUGGGCGGCCUGGACAAACCUCACUGGAAGCACAGACAUCCAGAUUGUUGGAGACGAUCUCACAGUGACCAACCCUAAUCGCAUCAGGAAGGCUGUGGAGGAGAAGGCCUGCAACUGUCUGCUGCUUAAAGUCAAUCAGAUCGGCUCGGUUACUGAGUCUUUGCGAGCGUGUAAGAUGGCGCAGGAGAGCGGCUGGGGUGUGAUGGUUAGCCAUCGCUCUGGUGAAACUGAGGACACCUUCAUAGCAGAUUUGGUGGUCGGCUUGUGCACUGGACAGAUCAAGACUGGAGCACCCUGUCGCUCCGAGCGUUUGGCCAAAUACAAUCAGAUUCUGAGAAUUGAAGAGGAGCUGGGAGACAAGGCUUGUUUCGCUGGAAAAAACUUCAGAAAUCCAUUGAUUGCGUAACUCGAUGGAGCAUUUACUUCACGUACAAAUGGAUUCACACACACAAAUCCAUGACAACACAUUGGAUAGUAAUGGAAAACACAUCAAAGCAAUAAUGGUUAAUGUAGAACUACUCAUAAACUAAUGGUGGUAACAAAUUUAUAGAGAGAACAUAAUGUAGUGAAUGGAAAUGUGACAUUUGACACAUUUGUUCUUCUACUGUAUUCUGUGCUCUUUGUUAAUAUGGAAUAAAAUAAUAGCCCAGAUUAUAACUUGUAUAAUAUUUGUUUAACAACACUGCACGCUGCACUUGGAGACACAGUUAAUAAAAAUGUUUCUUAGUGACAGAAUCUAACAUGAUUGUUGGUCCCAUGUUUCCUUUAAUGUUGCUGUGUUGGUUUUAGGUGUAUGUACAGUGUUAGCAUGUUUUCUCGGGUUUCCCAGCUAAGAAAGUCUACUUUUCAUUGGCAUUUGACAACCAAGUAAGUAACAACUGGUAACCUGUUGGUCUGUAGAUUAACAGUCUCAUUAACAAUUCAGGGAAAAUUAGUUUUUGUCAUUACAUGUCUCUUUAAAGUCCUUAACAAAAGGUUUUAAUUC